AUGACCACCGCCCUCUUCAUCGUGGUCGGCAGCCGUGGCGACACCGAGCCCUCCCUGGCCCUCAUCGAUGCUCUUCUACGAAACCACAUCUUCGCCCACGUGCACAUCUGCCUGCAGUCCGACUACGCGCACCUUGUCCCGCCCUCGCCGCGCCUCACGGUCCACCUGCUCCCCUUCUCCACGAAAACCUUCCAGAAGGUCAUGAUCAAGGACUACAUCCUGACGCGCCUGCGCUGCUUCUUCACGCGCCAGCCGUUCGACAUCGUCUCCUUCCAGCUGCACUGCAUCUCGGCCAUGGUCUGCGACAUCGUCCUCCCCUCGCUUUCCUCGAUCCAGAGCGUCGCCGCGGCCCACCCCCCCUCGCUCGUCCUCGCCUCCUCGCUGGCCGCGAACCUCGCGUCCACUCUCGCCGACGCGCACGCCGUCCCGGCCGUCGUGCUCAACCUGCAGCCCAACGUGCCCACCUCGGCCUACCCGAACUACAUGUCUUCCGUUGCCAACGCCUCGCUCGCCGCCACGGAGAUCGCACAUCUCCAGCGCCAUCCCGCCAGCGUGCAGAAGGAGAGCCCCGCCUACCGCGCCACGUACGACUACGAGUUCCACUCCACGUCGCGCCCCGUCGUGAACAAACUGAGGGCGACGCUGGGCCUCGCGCCUCUCUCGGCCGAGCAGCUCGCGGACGUGCUGUAUGGGCGCUACCCGCGCGUGCACGUCAUAAACUCGUACCCGGCGCAGCUCGUCCCGCCGGGCAAGGACUGGGCGCCCGGCGUACACCAUGUGCCCGCGCUGGCCGAUGAGUACGAGCCGGCCGGAUGGGACGCAAGGAAGGCGUGCCCGCGGGUCGCGGAGUUCCUCGCGCGGGGAGAGAAGCCCGUGGUGGUCAGCUUCGGGUCGACGACGAUACAAGGAUUUGAGAAGACACUGUCCAGGGCCAUCCUGCACGGGCUCAAGGAGGCCGGGGUCGCGCGGGCGAUCUUGCUGAGACGCGCGCACGGCGACAUCGGCAGUCACCAGCUGACGAAGAAAGCAGCGGAUGGGCCGUGGUGGGCGAAAAAAGUACGCGAGUGGGCAACGGGAAUGGUGAAUCUAGCGAUGUGGCUGGUUUGGCUAAAGCCACAGGCGGAGCUGUUAGAAGACGCGGCGAACGCUGGGCGUGACGAGGAGCUGCGGGCGUGGGCGGCGGAGCACAUGCUGGAGUGCACGGAGGAGCCGCAGUACGGAUGGUUGCUGCAGCGGUGCGCGGGGCUGGUUUGUCACGGGGGUGCCGGGACGGUUUUCGCCGGGCUUAAGGCCGGUGUGCCGGUGGUGGUGGCGCCGAUCCUGGGUGACCAGUUCUUCUGGGGGCCGCUGGUGCAGGAACUCGGGCUUGGGGCCGUCGCGGGCCCGAACUUGCAGAGGGCCGAUGGCGAGGCGUUUGCGCAGGCGAUUAAGACGGUGAGGGAGCAGGACGUGCGUGAGAGGGCAAGGGCUUACGCGGAGGAAGGGCAUAAGAUGGAGAAGGGGAGCGACGUUGCGGCAAUGCUGCUGGGGAAGAUCGUUGCGUCGGAGGAAGGAAAGUAUUUAUCUGACCGCACAGGACAAGCUGUCAAUAGGGAGGCAUACACAUACAGUAGAUAGAGCCGACGGCGAGGAAGGACAAGGCAUUAAAAGGGGGGUGCUCUAAAUGUCGGACAAAAACCUCAAUAUUAAAAGGAAAAAGCACUUGUAAUUGU